AUGCCGCGCUCGCCGCUGCUCUUCCCGCUGCUGCUUCUGCUGCUGCCGCCGCUGGCCCCGUGCUUCGGGCUCCGCGGUGCGGGCAGCCGCCCCGAGUGCGGUCCGUGCCGGCCGGAGCGCUGCCCCGCGCCAGCGAGCUGCCCCGCGCCCGGGAUCUCGGCGCGCGACGAGUGCGGCUGCUGCGCGCGCUGCCUGGGCGCCGAGGGCGCGAACUGCGGGGGGCGGGCGGGCGCGCGUUGCGGCCCCGGCCUGGUGUGCGCGAGCCGGGCCGCGGGAGCAGCGCCCGAGGGCACCGGGCUGUGCGUGUGCGCGCAGCGCGGCGCCGUCUGUGGCUCGGACGGCCGCUCCUACCCCAGCGUCUGCGCGCUGCGCCUGCGCGCUCGGCACUCGCCCCGCGCGCACCUCGGCCACCUGCACAAGGUGCGCGAUGGCCCCUGCGAGUUCGCUCCUGUGGUCAUCAUUCCUCCCCAGAGCGUCCACAACGUCACCGGGGCACAGGUGUGCCUGUCCUGUGAGGUGAGGGCUGUGCCCACGCCAGUCAUCACGUGGAAGAAGGUCAUGCAGUCCCCUGGGGGCACCCAGGUGCUGGAGGAGUUGCCUGGGGACCAUGUCAACAUAGCUGUCCAGGUGCGAGGGGGCCCUUCCGACCACGAGGCCACCGCCUGGAUUUUGAUCAACCCCCUGAGAAAGGAAGACGAGGGCGUGUACCAGUGCCACGCGGCCAACGUGGUUGGGGAAGCCCAGUCCCACGGCACAGUGACAGUCCUCGAGCUGAGUAAACCCAAGAGCCCCCGCUUCCCGGCUCCAGAUGACCACAUGUGA